UAAUAAUGUUCGCAUGACUCUUCCCAUCCGAUUUCGCAAUCCAAUUAAUACAUUAAAAUCCUCAACCACAGGAAAGAGAAGGAGCUAGCUGUGUGAAGUGUGUAGUGUGUCAUAGUGUGCUUACUUUAAAACCAAAAUGGGGAAUCAAUCAAGCAGCUGUUUGCUAGCUAGCAUCGGAAUACAGUGUGCGAGGAGUGUAGUGAUGAGAGAGCUAAUUAAGCUCCCUAGUCGUAGCAAGCAAGGAUGUAAAUGCGAGCUGCUGCUGCUCAUCGAUCGGGCAAUAAAGAAAACCAUCACCUCCACCUCAACGCCGGCCCUAGCGAUCGAUCGAUCGAGCGAUGCAAAGCGCCUCGGCCUCGGCCUCGUUAUAUAACACAAACUGGAGCUGCACCACCACCCCACAAAAACCCAGGCACGCACAAAGCCCACCUCGCGCGCGCGUGCUUGCAGAGUUGCAGUGCGUGUGCUAGCUGCAAGAGAGCUAGCUAGCUUAGCUUGGGUGCAAUAUGAGCAGGAACAAUGGUGGAAAGGGGGGGAAGCUGCAGGAGGCGCGGGUGAACCUGCCGUCGACGCGCGGGAGAGGGGGGACGUCGUCGGGGGUGGUGGGAGGGAGCAGCUCGCCGAGGAGGCUGUCGUCGUCGUCGUCGUCGACGGCGUCGCCGCCGAGCUCGUGCGUGUCGUCGGAGGGGAGCCCGGAAGCGGGCGGCGGCGGCGGCGGCGGGGGGUCGUCCGGGAUGAUCCUGGCCGGGUGCCCCCGGUGCAUGAUGUACGUGAUGCUGUCGCGGGAGGACCCCAAGUGCCCCAAGUGCCACAGCACCGUGCUCCUCGACUUCAACGACGCCGCCGCCGCCGCCGACCCGCGCCAGGUCGGCGCCGGCAAGAGCAAGGGCAAGCAUCGCGGCUGACACAACCCCUCUCACCUCGAGCGCGUACGUGCAUGACGUCGCCGCCGGCCGGAGCCGAGCUAGCUGACCUGGCCGCCGUGGUCGCCAUGACGCUCUAGCUAAUCAAUUAUUCCAAAUUAAAGCUUAGACCUUAUCUCCAGUACUCCAAUCGUCGCCGAGCUAGCUUCUACUGCAUGCGUCUUCGUGUUCUUUCUUCUCUUAUCUGUGUGUGUGUGUGUGUGACAGUGUGAGUUGAUCAAAAAACGGAAUUAUCACGUAGACCUGUUCUUCCAUGGAUCAAUUGGGUGGUGCCAAUGGAACGGGUCUAGGUAAUAAUUUCGCGUGCGUUUAAUUACUGCGUUGUCGUCGUGGUGAUAGUGUUGUAGUAGUAGUAGCGUGCAGCGUGCUGUACGUACGUACACAUGUCCUGGUGACUGAAAGUGAUCGUCGAUGAUGAUUUUAAGAUCUGUACGGGGGCAGUACUACUGCUACGGAUUAA